GCGGGGGAGCGCCGGGGGAGGGCGCCGAGCCGCGGCGGCAUGGCGGUGCGCGGCCAGCAGCGCGGGGCGGCCGUGGAGGAGCUGUGGGGGGUGUUGCUGCCUCCGCAGGAGGACUCUGAUUCGGAGGCCGAGGAGGAGGCUGAAGAGGACCCGCACUUCGCGGAGGCUGCACUGCUGGAGGAGUCCAGGCCGGAGUUGGCGGCCGCGCUGCCGCCGCGCCGAUCUGUUUUUAUACAAGAAGACCACUCCAAAAGAGAGUAUCAAGUAGUUGGACGUUUUCCAUUAGUUGGUCCUUGGUGGAGGGUUAACGUUAAAGUUAAAAAAAUAGGGGCUAAGUACUUCGUGCAAGGAUAUCCUUCGUAUUUCCUGCGGACUGACAUAGAAGAAAACAACCGCCAAGUCUUUUCCCUCUUUCUCACGGCCUGUGAUGUUCCUGAGGCGUUUAGAAGAGGUUUUUUUGCUUGGCUCCCUAUGGAUUCUUUGCUGAGUUUUAGAAACCUUGAAGAAAAGCUAAAACAGUUCCAAGUUUCCCAAGUACAGGCAGAGAGGAAGCAAAGAACCACCAAGGAUUGCGACAUCUUCUACUACGUUUCAAAAUCGCUUGCAGGAAAGGCAGUGUUGGUAGCUCUGACUUUUCCAAUGAUACUGGAAUUCCUGCCAGUUCUUCUGCCACGCCAUUUUUGCUGCCUUGUGGAUAUGCUGUCUUGGCAAACAGAGACUGAAAAAAACAAUGGGAUGGAUGAUAAGGAAGUAUGUUUUCAAGAGAAGAUGCUAAGAAAAUUGGAUGAGAUAUUAAAGGACGAUCCAUGGAAACUUGGAUUCAGUAGGAUCACCUAUAGGGAACUGAACCUUUCUUACUGUGAGGCAACAUGGGCUGCCUUCUGCCAGUGUGAGCACCUCCUCUGGAAGAUUCCUGACUUGCAGAAGAAUGCAUUAAUUCUGUAUGAUCAGCUCAAGAAACAGUGCAGAGAGAUGGGACACACUUACGAAGACCAAGAUGAAUUAGCUCGCUUCGUAUCCAAGGAUAUGUCCAUUGAGCACGUUUGGCAGUCUCUUGAGUUCUUGAAAGAUCAGAACAUAGUGAUUAGGGAGAAGAAACUGGUGUUUCUGCCUCAUCUCUACAGAUCUGAAAGAGACAUUGCCACAUGUAUAGGUGACCUUCUGUUAAACGACUCAUGGCAGCUGGAGGUUGAUGUGAGAAAGGUACUGAAUGGUCCUGUGACAUCGAGAGAAAUAGAAGAGAAUAAAAUGAGCAUUACCCAGGCUCAGGAGGUGGAGCAGCAGAAGGGGAAUUGUCCAGACAGCUCUGACUGUGGAAAUCACUUUCCUGAAAAGGAACUGGAGGCUAUGUCUGCUAUCCAAACUAAAGCAGAGGUGGACUUGGAUCAAGUGACUGCUAUGGAAAAGAUUUGUUCUAAUCCUGUCACAAUCAUAAGUGGAAAAGGAGGCUGUGGGAAGAGUACAAUAGUUAGCCGCCUCUUUAGUCACUUAAAGCAGAUGGAAAAAGAAGUGGAAGCUGCUUCCAAGGACUUUGAAGAAGACCUGGAUGCAUCUGAGGAAUGGAAUACCUUUGAUCAUCUGUCAGAGGCAGAAAACAUGUACACAAAAAAGAUGUUGAAUGUACUGUUUGCUGCACCAACAGGGAGGGCUGCCAGCCUUUUGCGUGAAAAAAGUAAGCUUCCUGCGUAUACACUGCAUCAGAUCAUCUAUAGUUUUAAGUCAUGGAAGCAAAGUGGGAAAGUUCUUCCGUGGAAGUUUCAUCAUGUGACGGUUCUGGUUGUGGAUGAAGGAAGUUUGGUGUCUGUGCACGUCCUUAGUUUAGUUUUAAAACUCUUGUGUGAGCAUUCUCAGCUUGCCAAACUUAUUAUUCUAGGUGAUACAAGACAACUGCCAAGCAUAGAGCCAGGAAACAUGUUAGCUGAUAUGUUUGAGGGUCUAAAAUCAAGAGGCUUCACUGUGGAACUGCGAACUAAUCACAGAGCCGAAUCACAGCUAAUUGUAGAUAAUGCAUCAAGAAUCUCUCACCGGAAGUUUCCUGAAUUUGAUGAAGUGCUGAAAGUUUCUGACUGGAAUAAGGAAAUGACAAUGCCAAGCCCAGAGAAGAAAUUCAUCCUUGUUGCUUUACCUGCUGGCGGGGAUUCUAGCAGUGCACAUGAUCUGCAAACAGCCAUAAAGACUUUACUUAAGAAAGGACCAGGAUUGGAGGAUGCCAAGCAGUCACAGUUCAUUGCUUUCAGAAGGCAAGAUUGUGAUCUAAUAAAUGAACUUUGUUGCCAACACUAUUCAAAUCACGUAACCAGAGACCAUAAAAACCGACUUGUGUUUCAAGUUGAUGACAAGAUUUCCUGCAUGAGGAAUACGUAUCUCAGGAAUCUCUUGGCAGACUCUGGUUCUGAAGGGGAUUUUGAUCACCAGGAUUGCCAAAGUGGAAACCCAACCCUGACUGCAGCUCUUGCUGAGGAUGACAGGCGACUAUGCAAUGGAGAUAUAUUUUUCAUAACAGAGGAUGUAGUCAUUGAUAAGCAGCGCUUCCUGACGAUCAGCAGCACCUGCGGCUCCACUUUCCACGUCAAGUUCAAAGCGCUGAAGAAGCUGUGUCACAUAAAACAUGCUUGGGCCAGGACUAUUCACACUUUUCAGGGGUCAGAGGAGAACACUGUUGUCUACGUGGUGGGCAGCCCGGGCCGACAGCACUGGCAGCACGUGUACACGGCCGUGACGCGGGGCCGCUGCCGCGUCUAUGUUAUAGCUGAAGAGCAGCACCUCAGGAGGGCAGUCACCAACAAGAACGUGCCCAGAAAAACUCGCUUGCAGAGGUUUCUCAGAGAGGCAAUCGCCGAGACAAGCAGAUGUCCUAACCGACCUUCCUCUGCCUUGGUGAAGAGCUGGCAGAAUCAAAACCCUGAGACUCAGCCAGUUUCUUUAGCUGAAGGUGGUCUCAACCCACCUGAACCUCUGACUGACUUGACUGAACAGCCAGAGUUUAGUUCAGCAGCUCUCAGUGAAGACAGGCAGAAGGGCAUUUUCCAAAGCCCACAUAAAAGACAACAAAUGCUUCUGGAGAAUUCUGAGGAUGCUGCCAAAGUGCCCUCUGCAACAGCAGCACAGGAUUCCCCACUUGGGUCUACCAGACUGCAGAAUCUCACGCUGGGAAAACCAACUCCUAGGAAGCUAUUCAAAAGCUAACAGACAAUUAAUUGUCCUUGCUAUGAAGCCUUCUUGGACCUGUUUCAGGAGUUUAGGAACAGAGAAGCUGGCAUUGAAUAUCCUUCUGACCUUUUCUGGCAGUGCUGAACUAGAAAUCGGAGAUGCUGUUGUGUGCAGGGCAAGGUGAGCUUGUUC